AAUUUCUUUCAAUCAAACUGUAUGGGAUAUUAUGAGCAUGUCUUUUCUUGUAUAAGAACAUGGUAACUUCAAAGCAUCCUCACUAUGUUUCUCAGAGGCUGGAAUGUGAUUAUUAUGUGACCACAGAAGGAAGAUUUUUCCCAAACAUCCCCACAAAUUCCUCUGUCAUCUCUUUUAGAAAAGUUUGGAGCAAGAGUUAGAACAAAGUUUCUCUGCAUUUUGGUCUAGAAACAUUGUAACCAUUAACUGACACUGUAUCUUUUUGCUAAAUAGAAUGUAUAAUACAAUUAUGUCCUCUAAGAUAUAUAUUUUUAAUUUAUUUAUUGUGGUUGCAAGCUUUUGGGUUUCUUUUUGGGUUUUGCUUGAGUAUGUCUGAGGUUUCCCUGCUAUGUGGAUAAAGGCGGAUAUGUGUGUGUGUGUGUGUAUGUGUGGUUGGCAUGGUCUUUUUUCUCUCAUCUGGUCUCUAUUACGACUUGGAGUAUAAAACUACUGCACUGAGAGAGAGAGCUCCACAGCUCCGACAGUCUCUUAACACACUAACCCCACACGCUAACACACUCGUGCAGCUAUGGCCAUUAUGCAGUGGGUCUUUUUGCUCAGUCUGCAGGGAUGUCUGCUCACACAUGCUCUGGACUGCACGGGCAGGAAUGUGGACUGUGUCAGCACACAGGUUACAGAGGUCAAGCUUAAAGAUGAGCCCUUAUCUUCUCAGAUGAGGGCUCGCAGACAAGCUCAACUCACUCAGCGGCCUGGAUCUUAUUCAGUCAAAGGAUCUCCUAACGCACUCCUCCAGAAUGACAGGUCGAGGCGACAUUUGAAUGCUAGUAAAAAAAAGCCCAACAGAUCUCGCAUCGGCUCUCUCUCACUACUUUCCCAUAACCACGCAACCAGCCCACUGCAGGUCGAAAGUGUUCAUAGACACUUUGAGGGUGUGUCCCAUCCCAAAGUGGCUGCAUUAAAGUCUGUGAAGAAGAGAUCCAGAAGAAGUGCACCCAAGAGAAAGAAGAACGCAAGGAAUAACACAUGCUCAUGAGAGGUUCUUUAAAACACUUAAGCUGUAAUUCCUGUUAACGUUUACUUAAAGAAUGCCGUAAGAUCACACAGAUUCUGUGCAGAUAAUGUGGAUCACAAUUAAUGACAAUAAUUGGACAGUCCCCACAUUUAAAUAUCUAAAAUAAACAAAAUUACUUAAAUAUAAACAUAUAUACAGCAUACUAAGCUUUGAAAUCUGCAUAAUACUCAUUUAGAAGAAAGAUUAUAGUUUAAUUAUCUUAUGCUAAUAUGAUUCUGAACAAUGUUGUACUAAAUUAUACAAGUCUCUAUACACUGCUUGAACAAAUAUAUCUAAAAAUCUUUUGUAGAUUUAUGAUUAAAUAAACUUUAAUUUGAA